GUUACGCCAAUACACUUCCGGUGUUUAUAAAGCCCUCUUUCUGGACGGUUGCGUUGGUAAAUAAUAUUCAAUGUAGUUUAGUAGUGCGGUGUUACAAUACGUCUGAGUAAAUACGUACGAAGUCGAUUUAACAUACAUGUUGUGGGGAGUUUGAUUUCCGCUGGCUGGUUAGUGCAGGGUGUGAGGUAAUCCAGACCAUUUGUUUUGAGCCAUUAAGUUAGCUGUAUACUUAUUUGUAGGACAUUGUAUGUGCCUUGAGUUGCUAAGCGUCGGGAAUUAUUGUUCUGUUCUACUGCUGUCUCAAGUAUCUCAUAAUGAACAUUUUACCAAAGAAGAGCUGGCAUGUGCGCAAUAAGGACAACAUUGCGCGCGUGCGCCGCGACGAAGCUCACGCUGCAGAGGAAGAACGCGACAAUCAACGGCGAGUGGAACGCGCAGAGCAAGAGACUCGAACCGAGUAUUUGAGAAAAAAGGCUCGAGAAGCCCUCCAGCAGACAGGGGAAUGGAGGGAGGAUGAAGAGACCGCAGAGACAAGCCGAGGAUCCAGAGAGAUAGAACACCUAAAUCUUUUUCCUUUAGAAGAUUCUGCUGAAAAGAAAGGAAAUGUUGAAUACCUUAAAGAGAAGAAAGAAGAGAAGGAGAAGCAGGAGCGUGCCAUUGGUCUUUUGGUGUCUCUAGGCCCCGCUCCUGGCACAGAGGCCACUCCCUGGUACCUGAAAGACCGAAAAGACAGAGAAAGAGAAGAGACUAGGGAAGAGAAAGACAAAAAAGACAAAGACAAAAACAGGCCCAAAACCAUAACUGAAGAGGAGAGAGAAAAGAAAGACAGGAAGCUGAAAGAUCUUUUGGAUCCUCUGAAAGAUAUGAAGAAAGCACUGGCGGUGAAGGAGAAAAAGCAUAAGAAGAGUGAGAAGAAAGACAGAGGAGAAAAGAGGAGUGGAGAUAGCUCUCAUGACUGCUCCAUUGAAAGGUUACGGGCCGAACGACUGCAGAGAGAAGCAGAGGAGAGGAAAAGGACACAGGCUUUACUAAAACAGAAAAGUGGUGGUGGUGGCGGCGACAAAGAAAAAGCACAAGAACGAGAGACGGGUGAUAGAGACAGACCAUACAACAGUGCCUACUUUCCUGAAUUGGCACGGAAAAGGCAAAGAAGAGAUGGGGAUCAGUAUGGCUUUUAUUAGCUUUCAAAGGCUUUGAUUCAUUAAGUCUUGUGUUUGCAGAAACAAGACCCUGUUUUAUGAUUGGACAAGAAAUUAGAUGUGUGUGUAAAGCUUUUAAAAUGACAGAUCACAACAUAAAAGCCAUCGAUCUGGCCUCUCAAACACAUUUGUUGACAUCAGAUGGCUUUGUAAAACAGGAAAACUGCCUGUCUUUGUGCUGAUAGUACAGCAGCAAUUUAGACAUCAUCUUUUGAUUUAGAGGAUCAGUAUGGAUGUUGACCGGCAUGCUGCAUCAGAAUUGUUUUCAUGUAAAACUCUUCAGCAUUUAAAACAAGGCAAUGUGUUAGAUUGAGAACCCUGCUGCUGAUAUCAGAGUCCAUAAAAUGUGAUGUUCAUGUGUGAAUAUUGUAUCAUACCCAAACCAGAAAUACAUACUAAAAUAAGGUUGUUUGUUUCAAUUAUUUGUGCUUUGCGAUUUUAAAACACAAGGUGCAAUAAUGAAUGGAAUUGCAUUGGUCCAUAAGCACUAUAUUUUUCUUUCUCAGCUGAUGUUAAGUUAUGGGGACAUAAAAGAAGCAAAAAAUAACAGAAUAGAUGGCUUUGCUGAUAAUAUUAUAAAAUUAGAUUUUAAAUGGGAUAGUCCCAAAAAUGUAAAUGAUCUCAUAAUUUACUUAGCCUCAUGCCAUCCCAGUUGUGUAUGACUUUCUUCUGCAGAACACAAAGAUAUUUAGAGGAAUAUUUUAGGUCCAUACAAUGAAUUUGAAUGGAUACAAACAUUUUGAAGCUACAAAAACACAUGAAGGCAGCAUAAAAGUAAUCCAGUGGUUAAUGUUGCCUUCGCAUGUUAUCGGAAUUAAUGUAUAUGUGUGUUUCCCACUCGGAAGUUGCACAUGAAUGACCCCUCAAGUCCUAAUUAGGACUGGGAAACUCUGAGAAAAUUAUGAUACCCAAGUUCCAGAGAUGGGAGUAGUCAUAAACUUUCAACAUGGCAGAGAAGAGUAUGGUUUCUGUAGUGAAUGACAGGUUUUAUUCAUUUUUCUAAAUACAGCUAAUUGUUAAUACUUGCAAUUUUGGUCAUUUGUAUUUUAGCAACCAUUUGAUGCAUUUUGUACAUGUUUACACUUUGAAAACAGCUUGUAUUUGACCAAAAUUCCAUUAUCGUCAGACGGCUAAGUAAUGUGUUAUGCUGUCAAAAUAAAAGUU